AUGGCGCAGCCUCUGGUCGUCAAGUCACUGCCAGGAAGCCAGGGACUCGAUGGCGCGUUCCGUCUGCACUUGUCGCAAGAAUCCCUUGACGCAGCCGGCUUGAAGCUCGGAGAAAUCUGCGAGAUCACCAAGGAUGACAGCGUUACAGUCGGCCACGCGAUCGCAUGGCGGGCCGCAGACAGAGCGAGGAGCAGCACCACCGGCGCCAAGCCGGUCGCCAUGAGCCAGAUGCUGAGGAGCGCCUUCAAUGUCUUGGAAGGCAGCCUCGUCCAUGUACGCCGAACCACAGCGCCCCGAGCGCAUGCCACGAAGGUCGUGCUACGGGACAUUACGAUGCCGGAGAACGUUCCGGGUGGCAAUAAUCCUGAUGACGGGAAGUGGAAGGCCAACAUCACAUAUCACCUUGUACAUUGCGAGGCCUUUACCCACGACGUCACAUUCGACGUUGCAGGCAAGUCCAAAGCUAAAAGGCGAUUUCAAGUAGAGAAGAUCGAAACAACCGACGCCAGCUGUUCGCUGUUCUAUGCCGACGAUCGUACCGAAUUUCUGCUUAACGACGGCAGCGUACCAGAAGAUACCAACGAUGUGAACGGUCAUGAGGAGGGAAUGCUACUGAACUGCGAACGCAUCGGAGGUCUCGUUCGCGAGCUAAAACUUCUCAACAAACGCAUGCAGCGAGUACUGACCACAUCACAUGAAUCGCUGAAGAUUGCGCUCGGACGUAACACCCAUGACGGGAUCCUUCUGCACGGCUUCGAAGGGACGGGCAAAUCGUUCCUGCUUGAGCAGCUGGGCAAUGCACCUUUCCGGCGAGUCGUGCGACUCGAUGUGGCUUACUUGGCUGGCACAGCAAUCAAAACGCAGGAGAAGGUCAGAUCAGCAUUUCAUGAAGCCAGGUCAUGCCAGCCGAGUCUCAUCUCAAUCGAUGAUAUACACAAGAUUGCGGGAACAUCUGACGAUGUCGUGGCGGAAACACUGCGCACAGAGAUGAACGGCAUUCAAAGUGAUCGUGUACUUGUCGUUGCCACUUGCAUCGCCCCGAACGACAUACACCGCAAGCUCUUUGGUAGGGGAGGCUUUACGACACCCAUCGAACUACCCGUGCCAGAUCGUGAUGCUCGAGAAGCUAUCCUGAAUGUUAUGUUCAAGACUACAUCAGCGCAGCCUGGGAUCUCUUCUCGGGUCGCGCUUCGAACACAUGGUUUUACUGGGAAGGAUUUGGAACAGCUCACUGAAACUGCAGGCAACAUUGCUUUCGACAGCUGCAUUGAUCCAGUGGGUGACGAUAGCGACACACUCACGAACGGUUUGCCUGAUGGGCCUUCUCAAGCAUCAGAAGAAAAUGAGCAGGAUGCAGCACUUGUGACCAUGGACGACAUCGAGCUUGCUCUGAAGAGUGUCCGACCAACAGCACUCCGCGAGAUUAUCUUUGAGCCGCCCAAGAUCGGCUGGCAAGACAUCGGAGGUUCUACUGCAAUCAAAGCUCGGUUCGACCGAGCCAUAGACUGGCCAAUCCGCCAUGCAGAGGUGCUGAAGAAAUACGGCAAGCGCUCCGACAAAGGCAUCCUGCUCUACGGGCCACCAGGGUGCUCCAAGACGCUCACAGCACAGGCGGUGGCUUCACAUUAUGGUCUCAACUUCCUCCCAGUCAAAGGCGGCGAGCUGAUAAGCAUGUAUGUGGGAGAGUCAGAGCGCAAAGUCCGGGAGCUCUUCAAAAAGGCACGUGCAGCAGCGCCAUGCGUGAUCUUCUUCGACGAGAUCGAUUCGAUUGCAUCCGAGCGCUCGAGCGAAGGCUCCAAAGGACUGAAUGUCUUGACUACCUUGCUGACCGAGAUGGAUGGCUUCGAAACUUUGAAUGGUGUCCUGGUUCUCGCAGCUACCAACAAGCCGGAUCUUCUCGACCCGGCAAUCAUGCGUCCUGGACGCUUCAACUCCCAUAUCUACCUGGGCCCACCGAACGCGGCGGCGAGACGAGAGAUUUUUGGGAUCAAGCUUAGAGAUGUGCCGAAGGAGGAUGGGCUGGAUAUGGACAAGGUGGUAGAUGAGAGUGAUGGUUUUAGUGGUGCGGAGAUCAUACAGAUCUGCGAAUCCGCCGUCGGUCAGGCGAGUGCACGUGAAAUCGAGGGCACAAAGUCAGUCACAAGCAAACUGUGCACAGCAGACCUGGAGACAGCACUCGCACACCAGAAGAAGUCGAUCAAACCAGAGAUGCUGGCAUCAUAUGAAGCUUUUGAGGCUAGCUAA